AUGAAGACAACUAAUCAGUUCAGGAUCGGGAUCAGUAUCGGGCUGAUCUUCGUCUUCUUGAUUUGCAAUGGCGCGCUCUUCUUGAGAACCCGGUUGCCCAUGGUGGGGAUCAUUGUCAAUUCGACGACGAUGGUUGGAACAACAUCAAAGGCUGCAUUUAUUGCGUUCAUAACAAAUGGUCAAAGCUUGGGGAUAUUUUUAAUUUCCAUGGCGGUGUUUCUUAUCGCUUCUCAUCUGACUCUAUGCCUUGCAACAAUGUGGGAACUCCGCUGUACAUCUUUACUCAUUUUGGUUUUGGUCUUUGAUCCUUAG